GUGACAAGAUGGCGAUGCUGUCUUUGCUUUUAUCGAGCGUGUUACAGUCGCCUGGUCGGGCCGCGCACAGAGACUCCUCCUCGCCAAUUGCAACGACAUGGCGACGCAUAAAUCUAUUAGAAUUGCCGAUAUUUCCCAGCGUCGCAUUUCUGAUGUGGUGGCACGGCCAAAUGCGACGCUGCAGGGCCUGCUGUGGUCAAAUUCUGGAGACGGAGAGUGUGGGGCCCGCGCCCUUCUCCAAAAGGCAAGGGGACAGUAACGUUUGUCCAAAUACCGCCGUCGCACACACGUUGCAGCUCGAUUCCGAUUGGCUCGAUGAAUCGCCCAGAUGGACCCAGCACGCACUCACAAGAGGAAGCAGUGCACGCAACCGGCUCCCGUCCCACCAUCACCAUCACAGACGUCCCUCAACCCUCCCUUUUUUUUUCUUUUCUAUUAUU